AUGAUGGACGUUAUUGGAGUGUAUUCAAUUGCUUUUCCCCUUACAGAAAAUUCCAAUAAAAUAACUGGGGGAGCAUUUAUUCUUUUUUCUUUGUUAUCUUUCUACGUUCUACUCUUAUUUAUCUGUUAUGUCUGCCUUUUUUCUCUUUUGAAUGGUUCCAUUUAUUUCUCUCUUUUCUUUUUUCCUUUUCUUAUUUCACUUUAUUUUUUCCUUUUUUAUUGUCAUUUCUAUAUAUAUUUUUUUUCAGUUUCUCUUUUUACUUUUUCUCCUAAUAUAAUACAAUUUUCUUUCGCUUUUUUUUGUCCGUCUAUUCUCGCUUUCCUUCCUUUUCAUUUGUCUUUAUCUCUACUAUUCUUUCUUUUUCGCCUGCUUUCUUUCUUGCUUUCUUUCUUUCUUUUUCAUACGUUGCUAUUACAGUUCAUUCUUACAUUCUUUUUGUUUCGGAUUUCUUCUUUCUACAUAUUUGUUGAUUCUUUAUUUUUUUUCUUACAUUUUCAUUUUCUUUUUUUUUCUUACUUUUUCAUUCUUUUUUUCUUACAUUUUUCAUUUGUUCUUUUCAAUUUUUUUUUUUUUUCAUUCGUUCUUUUUCUUUUUCUUAAUUUUCUUACAUUUUUCAUUUUCGUUCUUUUUUCGUUCAAUUUUCAUUUUUCAUUUUUUUUCUUCAUUUUUCUGUUCUUUUGUUUUUUCUUCAAUUUUCUUACAUUUUUCAUUCGUUCUUUUUCUUCAAUUUUCUUACAUUUUUCAUUCGUUCUUUUUCUUCAAUUUUCUUACAUUUUUCAUUCGUUCUUUUUCUUCAAUUUUCUUACAUUUUUCAUUCGUUCUUUUUCUUUUUUCUUUUUGUCUUUUUCUUCAAUUUUCUUACUUUUUUCUUCGUUUUUUUCUUUCUUAUUCGUUCUUUUUCUCGCCAUUCGUUCUUUUUCUUCAAUUUUCUUCCUUUUUCCUUCGUUCCUUCAAUUUUUUACAUUUUCAUUUUCUUUUCUUUUCUUACUCCUUCUUAUUUUUCAUUCUGCCUUUUCUUUUUUUCAUUCGUUUUUUUCUUUUUUCUUUUUUUUCGUUCUUUUUCUUCACUUCUUACAUUUUCAUUCGUUCUUUUUUCUUCCUUUCUUUUUUCAAUUUUCUUCAUUCUUUUUUUUCUCUUACUUUUUCUUUCCUUUUCCUUCUUUUCAAUUUUUUUCGUUCUUUUUCUUCCUUCUUUUCAAUUUUCUUACAUUUUUCAUUCGUUCUUUUUCUUCAAUUUUCUUAGCUGGUUCCUUUCUUUUUUUCUUUCUUUCUUUUAUCUCUCUUUCUUUCCUCCUCCUUCUUUCAAUUUUUUUUCAAACCUUCAUUUUAAAUACAUAUUCUGUUUGUUUAAGUUUUUAUAAUAUUUUCCAUCAUUUUCGCUUUUUUUCUUUUUUUUCUUUCAUUUUUUCUUUAUAG